UCUUUCCAGAUGGAGAAGUCCAACAGCCAGUACGACUCCUUCCUGUACUGGAGGCAGCCCAUCCCGGCCCUUGACCUCUCCGAGCUGGAGGACCUGGGUUUGCCCAAAAGUCAGCCAAUGAGUGGCAAAAAAACUAAAGACAACAAGUCCAAGAAGUGGAGCGCAAAAGAGGAGGGGGAGCUGUCUGAGUUCUCCUCCUUUAAUUACUGGAGAGCUCCCAUCGCUGAUGUGGAUGCUUUGCUGGCCGACCUCAACCUGCUGCUCUGA